AUGUCGUUGACUGAUUCUUCUCCAGCUGAGAUAGCAAAGCUCGCUUCUGCAGGUGCUAGACAGCUGGCUAUCCUCUCGUCUGACGCUAGGAACAAGGCCCUUGUGGCCAUACACGAUGCACUCAAGAAGAACAAAGAUGUCAUUCUCCAGGCCAAUGCCAGAGAUGUCGAAGCCGCUACUAAGGCAGUUGAGAAAGGAGAUCUCAGCUCGAGUAUCCUGAAGAGACUUGACUUGGCUCGCCCAGGGAAGUAUGACGAUAUGCUCAAGGGCAUUCUCGAUGUUAAGAACUUAGAUGAUCCGAUCGGCAAUAUCUCGUUACGUACAAAGCUAGAUGAUGGCCUGAUCCUUGAACGGGUUAGCUGUCCAAUCGGUGUUUUGCUGAUAAUCUUUGAGGCUCGUCCAGAAGUCAUUGCCAACAUUGCAGCUCUCUCCAUUAAAUCUGGAAACGCUGCCAUCUUAAAGGGUGGAAAGGAGUCAACCGAAUCAUUCAUAGAAAUAUCUAGGGUAAUAGCGGAAGCUGCCGCUACCACCGAAGUGCCAAAGGCAGCUGUCCAGUUGGUCAAAACACGAGACGCAAUUCUCCCACUUUUGGCAUUGGAUGACCAUAUUGACCUGGUGAUUCCCCGGGGCUCAAACGACUUGGUGAAGUUUGUGAAAACCAAUACAAAGAUCCCUGUCCUUGGCCAUGCGGACGGAAGAUGUGCCAUCUACCUCCACUCGGAUGCCGACGCCAACAUGGCUGAACGGGUCAUAGUUGAUUCAAAGCUGCACUACCCUGCUGCAUGCAAUGCCGCGGAGACACUCCUGGUGGAUGAAAGAGCAUUAUCAACCAUUUUUCCCAAGGUAGCUGCGGCUUUAACUGCUAAAGGAGUCACUAUGAAGUGUGAUCCUAAGUCCAAAGCGGCACUCCAAGAUAAACUGGAUUCAGCCCAACUUGCAUUGCUUAAAGAUGCAACCGAGGAGGACUACAACACCGAGUUCCUCGAAGCAAUCAUAGCUGUGAAGACUGUUGAGGGGACAACCGACCAGUCAUAUGUGGAUGCAGCAAUCGCACACAUUGGGGGUCACUCGUCAAAGCACACAGAUGUGAUAUUAACAUCUACGAGAGAGCUUGCUGAACGCUUCUUGAGCGCGGUUGAUAGUGCCGGAGUUUAUUGGAAUGCCAGCUCCAGAAUGGCAGAUGGAAUGAGGUACGGGUUUGGCACAGAGGUUGGAAUAAGCACCAACAAGAUUCACUCGCGAGGCCCAGUCGGAUUGGAAGGUUUAACAAUAUAUAAGUACUUGAUCCGGGGUGAAGGCCAUAUUGCUGGUGACUAUUUCCAGGGCGAGGGCGGUAGAACCUGGAAACAUGAAAAGAUGGACAUUUGA